AUGUUGGUAUUUAAAGGCAAUGAUGUGAAUUAAGGGUAGAUUUAUUAAUUUUAAUAAAUUCGAAUUGAUUUUUACAUGAACUUGUUUAGCCAUGAUGAAAUUAAUUUAUUGGAGGCAGCAUAAGAUGGAAAGUUAGAAUUCAUAAAAAAUCAGUUAACUUCUUUGACAUCUCGACAAUUAUAAGAUGCUUGUAAGAAAACAGAUUAUUAUGGCAGAAACGCAUUGCAUUAUGUAAUUGAACCACUAAAUUAGGCGGCAUACCGAGGACAUUACAACGUUGUUGAGUAUUUUCUUGAUUUACAAUGCAUAAAUAUUAACUCAUCAGAUAAUAAGGGUAACACAGCAUUGAUGCUUGCAUGUGUUCGUGGGUAUAAUUCAGAUAUCAACACUUUGAAGGAUGGUUAGAAAUUCGCUAUAUGUUCUUUACUGAUAGAAAGAGGAGCAUCAGUUGAAUAAUAUAAGAAAAAAGGGAUAAAUAAUCCAUUGCAUUGGGCUUGCUUCUUUGGAGAUCUAAAAACAACCAAAUUGUUAAUGUAUAUAGAGCCUAGUUUAAGUAAUCCUAUUAAUCAGUUUAUAGUGCUUUUUACAAAUGACAGGGAUUAGUUUCCAAUUGAUUUAUCACUUAUGACAGGAAAAGAGCUGGAUGACAGGCAAGAGGAUGAAAGGGUUUUGGAGUACAUGAUAAUGAAGUUUUUGGCUCAAUAUCUCGAUAAUGAAGAGCAUAAGAAAAAAUUGGAUGCUCCAGAUGAAGAAUAUGAAUCAUUUAGAAAAUUGAAUAAGCACUCCCUUAAUCUUAAAUCCACAAAGUAAUUAGCUUAGGUUGGCCUUAGAUAUCUAUUUUGGGCAAGUACUUAGGGUAGAUUGGAUCUAGUAAAACCUCUAUUGAAAUGUAAGUAUUCGCCUUUUGAACAAUCUUAUAAAGGAAGAAAUGCUCUUCAUGCUGCUAUCUAUCACAAUAGAUUAGAAUUAGUAGUGUUUUACUUGGAAUCAGAAGAAUCCAGAAUGUUUCGAAAAGAGAAUGUAAUCAAUCUUGUGACAAAAGAUAAACCAUAGACAGCUUUACAUAUUGCAGUUGAGAGAGGUCAUAUAGAAAUUGUGAAAAUAUUAAUAAAAAAAGGAGCAGACCCAAAUUACUAUAACUUUCGUAAUCACAGAGCUUUUGAUUAAUCUAGGUUGAAUGAAAUAAAACAACUAAAGAGAGAACUAUUCCAUAAUGAUGAAAAGAACUAUUUAAGAUCAGGAUACAAUCACAUAUUGGUAGGUUGGGAAAAGAGUAAAAAUUAGUUAUUGGAAUAACAAUUUAAUAAUAUAUCAAUCAAAAAGAAUAUUGAAAAAGGAUAAUUUAAAUACAUAUUUUAUGAAUCUAUUGAUAAGCAAUUUACUUAUUAUUGUUUAAAGGUGGAUGAAAGACUUAAAAAUGUAGUUGCUGAUGAGAACAAGAUGAUGAUUUAUAAUUCAAGAGAAGGAUACUUAUCCCCUUUUAAUUUGAGUAUCUAAGAAUAGUUUGAAAACUUUCAUCACAUUCACAACCAAUAGAUUCUUCUGACAUUACUAUAUGAUGAAUUUGAUAUUGAAUAAUUUAUAAGCGAUGGAUUACUUUUAGAAUAGUUUCCCUUGCAUGAUGAAGAAGAAAAAGAGUUAAUCAUUAAAUUUUGGAAAAAUGAGAGGAUAAAUAUUUUAUUUGAGCCAUUUCAAUUAAAAUAAUCAACAACUCGUACCUUUAGUGCAUUAUCAACUUAUUUUGGACCAGAAAUAGGAUUUUUUUUUGUAUUUCUAUGUUUCUUUUCAACUUGGCUAUUUUUACCUGCAUUUCCAGGAUUAGUCUUAGGAAUAUACGCAUUUAUUGAUAAAGAAACCAUUUUAGCAAUUUCUCCAAUCUACACCAUAUGCAUGGCUGUUUGGGCUACUAUCUUUUUUGAAUUUUGGAAGAGAAAAUAGAGUGAAACUAUGUACAAUUUUGAUAUGCAUGUGACAAAAGAACAAAGAAGAAAUAUCCCAUAAUAUAAAGGGUCAUUUAUAAUAGAGGAUGUGACACAUACCAUUGAAAUAAUGGAUACAAGGAAUGUAUAGUGGAAAUACUUUAAAUCAAAUACUCCUUUAGUGAUUUUGGCAAUUAUUUUAAUUGGCGGUUAGCAGACUGGCUAUUUUUAUUUGAAACAAGUUUAUGAGGAUGAUGAUUUUUAUCAAACGUUAUGGGCCAUUCUUUUAGCUUUCACAGUAUUAAUUACUAAUGAAAUUUUCAAUUACUUUGCUAAACACACAUUAACUUAUGAGAAUCACCAAUUUCAAGAUGAAAGAGAAAAUGUUUAUAUCUUAAAGGUUUUUGCCUUCACUUUCCUUAACUCUUUUGGUCGUCUUUUUUACAGAAGUAUAAUAAAACCUGAUCAAGAUGAGUUACAUCUCUUCAGCAUUUCCUUUACCAUAACAUGGUCUCUUGUUCAUCUAAUCAGGUACACUAUAUUACCAUGGAUAUCUUUUACAUUCAUUAAAUUCAAAUUCAAUAGAGACUUCAAUAGAUAUAAAUAAUAAAACAAUAAAUCAAUCAACACACUCUAAAAGAUAGGAGAUACAGAAACCAGUGGAAUCAAUAAAUCAUUUGAUAAGGGAGUAUCUUCUUUAUAUUUCCUUUAGCAAAUUGAAUUAAAUAAAAGGAUGAUAGAUCCACCAGAUCAUGUUGAACAAUUCACAUAUUUUAUGACUUAAUUUUGCAUGGUUACAAUGUUUAGCGCAGGUUCCUAAAUUAUACCAAUCAUUACUCUGUUUUUUAAUUUACUCAACAUUGAAGGAUUGUUAUAUGGCUACAGAAGGUUUGUCAAGAGACCCUUAGCAGAACCAAAAAAGAAUAUAGGAGUGUGGAAUGACAUCUUAUAAUUAAUUGGCUAUAUUGGUAUAGUUUCAAAUUGCUUAACUAUAUAUCAAGCCAAUUAGUCAUAGUUAAAUUACUUGGUUGGAGCUAGUGAAAGUUCUAAUCAAGAUUAAACAAAUCUCGGAUUGAGAAACUUUUUAUUAUUAAUUGUUGCUGAACAUAUAGUAAUUGGAAUCAAAUUUGUAAUAGAAGGAGUAAUUCCAGAUGAACCUGAAUGGGUUGAAUUAGUCUUGAAAAAAGAAGAAUAUUUAUCGGAAAAGAAUAAGUCGAAUAGCAAAAGGAAUGAAUCAUCAAUUAAACCCCUAGAAAAUAAAAUAAAAAAUGAUUGA